GUCACCAAAAGCUCCACAGACAGAGAGGGUGUGCUAAAACACUCCUGGUCCCUUGGAAUAUUUGGGCUGAGUGUGCGCCUACAUCAAUCGGAGUGUCCAAGUGCGUAAUCUCUCUAGCCAUCUCCGCUGAACAAUCAGUCUCGCUGUGUGAGGGAAUGUGAGGAGGAUGCGUGACGGAGCUACGGUCGAAGAUAUUCUCCGCGCAAGGGCUAAUUGGUGUUAUAUCUGCGCACAGUGAGUUUCUUGGGCGAGUUAAUAGAAAGACAGAGAGUAUUACCGUAUAAUAACUUUGUUUUUGGUUGCUGUCUAUGCUGUGGUUAUCAUCUUGUACAGGUGUAGGAAUCCAUGCCCUCAAGUUGGAUAUUGAGAGUGACAGUGGGGAGAAGGUAAACUGGUUGAAUACAGAACGGUCAAACUAAUCUAGAAAGGAAAAAAGAAAAAUUGUCACGGCAUACUGACUAAAAGGCCAAUAGAAGAAGAUAUUGGCUCCUGUGUUUGGAGGGGAUAUUGCGCUUUCGUCACCUGCUUUGAUUAUGGAGAGACGAAUGGCGGAAUUAUGACCUGCAUCUCACGGGACAUGAAGGAAAAAAUACUCACGUUUCUUUUCUUGCAAACCAAGCGCCGCGGACACUGAUCAGUCAUUUCUUAUAGGGUGAAGAAAAUCUCCAAUCUGAUCCUGUCUACCUGAGGGAAAAGAAAUGUGGCACAGCAAUUCAGUCGAGAUUGACAGGCGGGCUGGACAUCUCUUAAACCGCUGCAUUUAGUCAGCUCAUUUAACUCGUGGGUCAUCAACUUUAGGGAUCCCCCUUUUCUCCAAACUCAUCACAUUAAGAUUAACACGCGCAUCUUAAAGAGGAUCCUGUGGUCACUUGCGAACUUGUUGAACACUUAAAAAGACGGGACCCUUAGUCCUGCGAAUCGAAAGGAAUAUUUAAAAAUCGUAUGGGUGCCUGGCUUGACCACGGUGGAAAGGACGCGACGGAACGCGAGAAAGAAACCUGCGGCAGCGCCGUGAUGAUUGACAGGAAACAGAGUUGAGAGGCCUGUCAGUCAUCGCACAGACGGAGAGAGAGCGAGAUAGCGAGGUCGCCGCUCCGCUCCACCCCACCGAAGAGGCACGUCUCUCCAGCGCCCUCCUCCCCCUCCGAAAACCCCAUUCUGUCCGCGCCCACUCACGUUGCGUCCCUCUCCUCCCUCCUGCGUCCAGGUCCCCGUUUAUCAGCCGAACCAGCCGAGGACCCCCUCUCCUUGACCUCUCUUUCCCCUCUCCCCACCAACACCAACUGUCUGCCAAGAGGGACACCUUAUCCAGCUGGGGACGUUAGACGGACUGGAGAUCCAUCCAUCUGGAAAAAAAGCAGUGCUUCUCUGUCCUACUACGAACACCACUAGCGUCUCCCCCCAUCCCUGCUUCUCUCUCCGAAAGCCUGGAACAGCAGGUUGGCAUGCAGCCACUGCACCUCUGGCACAGUGAAGGUUGGAUUAUUUUGUAAGCCCGGGCCCAAAUCUCUUUCCUCCGCGCCGUGGGGAAUAGAGACAGGGAAGGAAUACCACGUUUAACAAAAGAAAGGGUGAAUCAAAGGGAGGGGGAAAAAAGGUGUGAAAAAGAAAGCAAAAGAAAAGCAGGACCCAGCCGUCUAAAGGAUCUCGGUGGUUGUCCACCCACACAAAAAGGAAGCAGCCAUGCGUUUCCCUGUGCUGUUGACCCUGCAGGCUGUGUGGGGGAGCCUGUGCCACGCCAUGCAACACUACCAGGCCACCUGGGGGCACUACGACAUGUGCAAGUCGCAGGUGUACACGGACGAGGGCCUCACCUGGGAUUACAUGGCCUGCCAGCCCGAGGCGGCCGACAUGACCAAAUUCCUGAAGGUGACCCUGGAUCCGCCCAACAUCACCUGCGGGGACCCGCCCGAGACUUACUGUGCCCUGGAAAACCCCUACAUGUGCAACAACGAGUGUGACGCUACCACGGAGGAGCUGGCCCACCCGCCCGAGCUGAUGUUCGACGUGGAGGGCCGCAACCCCUCCACCUUCUGGCAGUCCACCUCCUGGCGCUUGUACCCCAAGAAGCUGCUGGUCAACAUCACGCUGUCCUGGAACAAGACCAUCGAGCUGACGGACGACAUCAUCAUCACCUUCGAGUCGGGCCGCCCCGAGCAGAUGAUGCUGGAGAAGUCGCUGGACUACGGGCGCACCUGGCAGCCGUACCAGUUCUACGCCACCGACUGCCUGGAGGCGUUCACCAUGGAGCCCAAGACCACGCUGGACAUCUCCCAGACCACGCUGCUGGACAUCAUCUGCACCGAGGAGUACUCGCGCGGCUACGUGUGGAAGAACGACAAGACGGUGCGUUUCGAGAUCAAGGACCGCUUCGCGCUGUUCGCCGGCCCGCGCCUCCACAACAUGGCCUCGCUCUACGGCCAGCUGGACACCACCAAGAACCUGCGCGACUUCUUCACCGUCACCGACCUGCGCAUCCGGCUGAUGAGGCCCGCCACUGGCGCCACCAUGGUGGACGAGAACAACCUGUCACGCUACUUCUACGCCAUCUCCGACAUCAAGGUUCACGGCAGAUGCAAGUGCAACCUUCACGCCAACAGCUGCGUGUUUGAUAAGGACAAGCUGAGUUGUGAGUGUGAGCACAACACCACGGGGCCUGACUGUGGCCGCUGUAAGAGGAACUACCAGGGCCGGGCUUGGAGUGCUGGCUCCUAUCUUCCCAUUCCCAAGGGCACUGCCAAUAUCUGUGUUCCAAAUAAUAUUGGUCCAGUUAACUGCGAGUGUUUCAACCACGCCAACCGGUGCAGCUACAUCGAGCUGCUAAACACGGUCAUAUGCGUGGGGUGCAAGCACAACACCAGGGGACAGCAUUGCCAGUUGUGCAAGCAGGGUUUCCACCGCAAUGCCUCAGCUGAGCUCGAGGACGAGAAUGUGUGCAUAGACUGUAAUUGUAAUCCCUUUGGCUCAGACAGUGAUCGCUGUAAUGACACAGGAUUUUGUAAGUGUAAGGAGGGAGCGACAGGGCCUAAGUGCCACGAAUGUCUGCCGGGAUAUUUGUGGGACAAUGGCUGCAAAUCCCGCGUGUGCGACAACGAGAUGCUCCGUUGUCAGAACGGCGGCGUGUGCCUGAACAACCUGCGCUGCCAGUGUCCAGCCGGCUUCAGCGGCCUUCUGUGCGAGAAGGCCCAGUGUGAGGGCGAGGCUGGCGGCUGCAGCGGGCCCGAUUCCGGCGCCCCGUCCACGUCUGCCCUCCACCCGCCCCUGGCGUCCCUGCUGCUGGCGCUGGCCCUCAGCCUAGCGCCCAUCCUCCUGGGAGAGGCCUGCUGGUCCUCCUCCAUCUGACCGAGGAUGAGGACGAGGACACCCACCCAACCAACCAACCAACCAACUCCCCCCCACCCCGCCUCCUCAGUGCACAAAUCUCCCCACCCCCAUCUGACCGACCCACCGCCGCCGACACCAAUGCCACCACAACGUCCAUGAAGCCUCUUGAACUACCCCCACCCCCCCCACCCCCAAAACCUGACUAAAGAACGGAGAGCGCCCAGCAGAGAGACGUCCAGCUGAUUUAUGAACUCUGCGCUAGACUCUGCCCCGUGCCUUGUGCCCCAACCCCCACCACCUCCCUCAGCUGCCUCGGCCUUGCCCUCGCUCCCCAUGGCCACAUGGCUGUUGAUUAAGGAAUGUGCCAGAAUUUCAAGGAAAUUGGUAAAGAAGUGAUUUAAAAAAAAUACAAAUAAAUGAAUAUAUAGUAUUAUAUAUAUAAAUAUAUAUGCUAAGACAGAAGCUAAGACAUUAUAUGGCUAGAUGAAUAAAGAUUAAUUAACAUUAAUGUAAAAAAAUAUAUAUAUAUAUAGUAUAUGAAAAAUAUUGAUCAGAGUACUAGAAUCGAUUUGUCAUUUACAAAUCGUGGCGACGGUGAAACAUUUUCAAACUGAUCGUAGGCUACACAAAGCGCAGACUGUUCACUCAACGGAGACCAGUGGACUAAGCCAUAUCAGACACUCAGCCCCCUGUUAUGCCAACAGCCCACCCCCAAACCCAAUCAAGAUGGGAGAAACUGAUGAGGACUCACCCAAUAUUCCCCUUUGGAUCACCGUGGCUACGGGAGCUGCAAUCAGCACACAGCUAACACGCUAGUAGUCAGCCGCUACCCAAGCUAGGGGUACGUUUUCUGGGCUGGCUUGGACAGCUUUAGGGCUACCCUGACAACCAUGGUGACUGUCCAGCUUGAAAGGACUGUCCAGCUUGAAAGGACUGUCCAGCUUGAAAUGACAUUUGGGAGAAAAAAAGAAACAGAUGAGUAAAGGGAGAAAAGGG